AACAUCUGUCCUUCAGUCAAGGCGUGGAUUAAAAUUCAAAUAAAAACGUAUAUUCUGAACAACAAAUGUGAUGAUGGAGUCUGCACAAAGUUUCUCUGAGCAACAUGCGGAACGAUUACUUCCCAAUACAAUCGCACAAUUAAUUGCUGCUGUCUUUGGAGUAUUCGGAAACUCUCUUGUUCUAUUAGUGUACUGUAGAUAUGUACAAGACAAAACUGUUUCUCGGUUUUUCAUUCCAAUUCUGGCAUUUGUGGAUCUUGCAGGAUGUGUUUCCAAUGUGACCCAAUUUCACAUUGACAACACCAUGCGUUACAUAUACCCUAGUGAAAUAUUAUGUAAAAUUUUUAGUUUUUUAAUCAUUCUGACAGGAGGGAUGUCAGCGCACUUAAUACUUGCGAUAGCAUUACAGAGAUAUUUAAUCAUCUGUCGUCCGUUUGGUCCGCAAAUGACAACAAAAUCAUGCAAAAUUGCUACCAUGAUUAUAUGUCUAAUAUCGAUUGGGUAUUCCGCUCCAAUUGUGAAAUUCAGCGGUAUACUUGAACCCUCUUCGGUAACAGUGUGUCAUUUCGAUGAUGGAAGCAAUGGAAACAGUGUAAUGAUCCCGUAUUUUGGAGCUCUUCUCAUUCUUUCUUUUAUAAAUAUCAUUGUCACUUCCGCUCUGUACAUUCCUGUGAUCAAAACUAUUUAUAAAACAUUGUCACCUACCAAACGAAAUCGAACCAGUACAAUUCCAGACGACGUCACCGAUAUCUCAUCCAAAGAAACACAGGAUGUCAGUUUUGAAAAUAUAACAAUGACGGCUGUACCACAAAAUGUUGUGAGAACCCAUAAUACUGAACCCCCAAACACCUUAAAGACCCACGAAAACCGGGAACAAAGAGCGCGGAGGAAUAUCAGCGUCAUGUUUCUCGUCAUCAUUAUUGUCUACGUAGUUUCGUAUCUGACGUCACUUGUUACGCAGGUCUACACUUUCUUACAUCCCAAAAUGGUCCUGAGAGGGUUCAUGUUAAAUUUGUUCUAUUUCUGUCUGCGUUUGAACCUUCUGAAUCACAUUGCUAAUCCGUAUAUUUACUGGAUUUUUGACAAUAAAUUCAGAAAUGAACUUAGGAGGAUUUGCUGUGAGAAAAUUUUCAAAAGAUAAUCGUCUUCGUUGUAA